AAUACUUUGCUAGACGCGGUUAUAGGAAGAUCGCAAACAUUUGUGAGGUAAUAGUGACCACAUCAUUAACCCAGCAUCAGUGAUUACUUUCUUAUAACAAUUUGUAUUGCGUAAACAAUAUGGGCGUGGCUUAUCUUUAGGUGCUGCUGAUUGGCUGGCGCGCACCGUUAAUGCGACUGUCUCCGCAUGCCGGCUUUUUAGAAAUUCAAAAAUAGAAUGGAGGCUACGUUUUCAGGCUUGGACUCUUCAUCUUCUUCGUCAUACAACGUGCCUGUUUUUUCCCCGCGGCGAGGUGACGUGCGCGAACGCAGACGCAUGCAGUCCAUCAACGACAGGUUUGAAGGUUUGCGCUCGCACAUCCCGAAACUGCCUUAUGAGAAACGUCUUUCCAAAGUGGACACGCUACGCCUCGCCAUCAGCUACAUCAACUUCUUAGCUGAACUCGUGCAGGCCGACGCGCCGAUUCGGAACUCACAUGAAAGUCCAAAGCAAACCAAAAAAGUCAUCAUCUGCUACAGAGGAACAAGGUCUCCUUCUCCUGAUGACCCAGAUCACGGCCUGCCCCCUCUAGCCGGUCACACUUUGUCCUGGAAGGAUGAGAAGCAGAACAUCAUUCGCAGGGCGAAGGUCUGGACCCCGGAGGACCCCCGCAAAGUGAGCUUCAAAUCCGCGCUCACUAACAUCGAGAACGAGCCUCCGUUUGAGCUGGCUGAGUAAAUCCUGUUAGUUAUCGGACUGUGUGGGAUUCUCCACUGUGUUUAUAUUACUGUGUAAAUAUGUAUUAUUAUUAUUAUUAUUAUUAUUAUUAUUAUUAUUAUUAUUAUUAUUAUUAUUAUUUCAGCUGUCCAGUCUGAAAUUGAACUUAGAGCCUCUGGCAAUCACUGUGUAGCUCAUCGUUAUUUAAUUGUUGGUUAAUUGAAUUUUCUGAUAAUAUAUUUUUUAUAAUUUAACGUUGAUUUCCACGAAUGUCCAACGAG